AUGGCACACAACAACCUCACAUCCAUGGGACCCUAUAUCCUGCAAAGUAUCUUCAUCCUUCUCGCACCCUCGCUUUUCGCCGCCUCCGUCUACAUGGUCCUCGGACGUCUCAUUCGCUACGUUGGGGGAGAACACCUUUCUGUGAUCCGGGUCUCCCGGUUGACCAAGACCUUUGUCUGGUGCGAUGUACUCUCUUUCCUCAUCCAAGCAAACUCCUCUGGUCUCUCGGUGAUGGGGUACGAGACCGCAUCAAAGAUCGCAGUCGUGGCAGGUCUGAUAAUCCAACUCCUCUCUUUUGGCGCUUUCUGGGUCUCCGCGGUCGUCUUUGAGAGACGCAUUCGUCGCAGUCCCACGCCCAAAUCUCUGCUCCCGGGCAACACGUGGAAGACUUCCAUGAACAUGCUCUAUGCGGUCAGUACCCUGAUCAUUAUCCGCUCAAUCUUUCGCAUUUUCGAGUACGUGCUGGGGAACAAUGGGUAUCCCUUGCAGCACGAAUGGACGAGCUAUAUCUUUGAUGCCGUGCCUAUGGUCGCCGUCAUGACCAUCUACCUCGUUUGGUAUCCCAGCCACAUCUCGCUCACAGGCGGUCCAGAGGACAGUCUGCCUCUUGCACAUGUUUAUUCGAAUGUCUGA